AUGGAGUUGGAAAAGCGCCUGGCUGCAAAGAGAGAGCAGGUAAGGACCUAGGUUAAAGAGGUAGAACCAUUUACCUCACGUAGGAUCUUAACACCUGUGGAGUUGAGGCUUGUAAGGCUUGUAUCUGACAAGAGGAGGAUGUUGAGGGAAAUGACUAUGGAGGAUGGUAAGAGAAGAAGGUAGGUGACUGGCUUGAUCCUGAAGGAUUGAGGGGUAAUGGACUAGUAGUGGUGAUUAAGAUAGGUGGGGUGUCCUGAAAGAAGGAUAUUCAAUUGGUAUUGAAUGAGUAGAAUGGAUGAGAAAUGUGAUUUGUGAGGGAUCGUGUUAGUCGGUGAAUAAGGAAGAGAUGGAGUAGAGGAAAAAGACAGGUAAGAUAUCCUCUAUGGUGGUAGCUAUGGUAAGGGGUCUCGGAAUGGUGGAGCUGUUGUUUUGGACUGGGAUGUGGGUGAAAGAGAGGUAGUACUUGGUUCAGCAGUUUACCAGUUUUAGGCCAGUGAGAAAAGAGAGUGGUUGGGCUAGGAUACAGCAGGAGGUGCAGAGAGUUAGGAAGAAUACCUUGUCUUGGCAGGCAAGAGUGGCUGACCAAUUGAGGAAGAUGGAUAUUAAGUUGAAGGAGAUGGUAGAUGUAUUCAUGGAUAUCAAGUAG